GCCUUAUCGAAACCAAGAUUCCAUCUUCACGAUAAACUAUUCUCCUUGCCCACUGAUUUGAAACUUCCUUGGUCUUCACGAUUUCCUCUCGUUAAAGCGGCGGCGGCGCAGAGGUCGAGGAGGAGGCGAUGGAGGGAGGAUUUGACGGCGCGGGGGCGGCCGAAGUAGUGGCGGAGUUGAGGGAGAGCUUCGAGUCCGGGAGGACGAGGAGCUUCGAGUGGAGGGUGGCGCAGCUCAAGGGCAUCGCGAGGCUGAUCGUUGAGAAGGAGGCGGAGAUCACGGCGGCGCUCGAUGACGACCUCGCCAAACCCCAGAUAGAAUCUUUCAUUAGCGAGGAGCAUAAGCAAGAGCCUCAUUGCUUCUUUACUUUGGCUCUAACAAAUAUAUAUUUGAUUUCAAUGGUAAGGGAAUCAUGCCGUUUUGCCCUCAAAGAAUUGAAACGCUGGAUGAAACCGGAGAAGGUGGCCACUUCGGUUACAACUUUUCCAUCAUCAGCAAAAGUGGUGUCAGAGCCCCUUGGUGUUGUGCUGAUCAUUUCAGCAUGGAAUUACCCCUUUUUGUUAUCCAUUGACCCUGUAAUUGGAGCCAUUGCAGCUGGCAAUGCUGUUGUUUUGAAGCCAUCAGAAGUUGCACCAGCCACAUCAUCAUUUUUGGCAAGAAUUCUACCAGAUUAUGUAGAUAACUCUUGUAUCAGAGUAGUUGAAGGAUCUAUUCCUGAAACAACAGCACUUUUGGAUCAGAAGUUUGAUAAAAUACUCUAUACAGGCAACGCAAGAGUAGGCCGUAUUGUGAUGACUGCAGCUGCAAAGCAUCUAACACCAGUAGUCCUGGAGCUUGGAGGAAAAUGUCCUGUUCUUGUUGAUUCCAAUGUUGACAUCAAAGUCGCAACAAGGAGAAUUGUUGCGGGCAAGUGGGGAUGCAAUAGCGGACAAGCUUGUAUCGCACCAGAUUAUAUUAUUACAACAAAAUCAUUUGCUCCAAAAUUGGUGGAUGCUCUAAAAAUAACUUUGGAGAAAUUCUACGGCAAGGAUCCAUUGGAAUCAGCAGAUCUAUCUCGCAUCGUGAACUCCAACCAUUUCAAACGCUUGAUGAAUCUUUUGGAUGAUGAAAAGGUUUCCGGCACGAUUGUCCAUGGAGGCCAGCGGAAUGAAAAGCGCCUAAGAAUCGCUCCUACAAUCCUAUUAGAUGUUCCCAGUGAUUCACUAAUAAUGAAAGAGGAAGUCUUUGGCCCCCUACUUCCAAUUGUCACGGUUGAUGAGUUGCGAGAGGGAUUUGGUCUUAUAAAUUCAAAAGGGAAGCCGCUUGCUGCCUAUCUCUUCACCAAGGACAGGAAAUUAGAAGAGAAGUUUGUGAAAACUGUAUCCACCGGGGGAAUGGUCAUCAAUGACACAAUCUUACAAGUCACCAACCCUCGUCUGCCAUUUGGUGGCGUAGGAGAGAGCGGGAUGGGGUCUUACCACGGAAAAUUCUCAUUUGAUGCAUUUAGUCACAAGAAGGCGGUGUUGAGCCGUGGUUUUGGUGGCGAUGUUCCUAUGAGGUACCCUCCAUAUACGGCACACAAGCAGAAAAUUCUGAGGGGGCUGAUCACCGGCAACAUCAUAGCGGUGUUUCUCGCACUGAUUGGGUGGACUCGACAUUGAAGAUCCAAUUGUCUCCGAUCCAAUAUCUCUAGCUGAUCAUGGUGUCCAUCUAAUGAGAUCUUUCUGUGAAAUGUAGUUUCUAGUUGAUUUCCAGGAAACGUAUAUUAUGUCUUCUAUAUUACAUUAAAUUAAAUUAAAUAUAUAUGUGGAUAUAUUGAAAAAA